CGGUCACGUGACGAGAGAGCAGGCAAGGAAGCAAAAAUUGGCAUGAUGAAGAAGACAUAUUGCUUAGAUGUAUUAUGUUUGUUGAAACGUAACUUGACUGCACGCUUUUCCACCCGAACUUAACCACUGCCUGUGUAGAACUAGCAACCGGAAGCUGUAAUCAGCUGAUGGCGGAGGAGCUGCAAGAGAGGUGAGCCAUCUUCCCCCGGCAGGGAGAUCCGUUCUAACGGAGCCCGGGCGAGAGGGAUACUGAAAAUCAUCUGGGAAUCCCGUUCUCAUUUUAGGUCAGAUAAGAUAAUAAGACGGCAGCACAACCGGUGUCAGUCGGGAGAAGAGGUAUCUGGAGGACUCACUGGAAUCUGAGCACCAAAACGGACUGAGGAAUAAAGCAGUCCUCAUCAGAGAGGAGGCUCCGAAACAAAUACCUGAGAGGAAAACAGAAGCUAGGAGCGGGGGGGGGGGGGGGGGGGGGGUUCAUAUCGAAAUGUUAACCGUAUGUAGAAAAAUAUAAAAGUCGAGAAGAUAAACAUGUAGUACUUCCAGGGCGGAAGAUGUAAAGUGUCAACAGUAAAUAUAAACAAACAGCCAAGUUACUUAAGCUAGCUGAAGUUAGCCGAUUGGAGGUUAGCUUUCUACUGCUAACACAACGUUAGCUAAUGGAAGGUAGUUGUACCGAGAGAGAACGGAGGUAAACAGACCUGAACAAACUCGUCGUCGUGUUCAAAACAAAAUUUAACCUCAAUAUAGUGGUACGCGGCGGAUGACAGCUGUUUGUGUUUUUUCAGUAUGCCGUUAUUAGCCUAAUUAGCCUUUCGGCUAACGUUGCUAUGUGUUAUCUGCAUUAUCAGCCCAGCAUAAUAACAUUACACUAGCUCACUAAAUGUAGAGCAAAAAAGACAGUUGGCAGUGCUAACGCCAAGUGUUUUUUGACAUCGACUCGGUGAAAUAUUUUGCAAUGAAAGUCAUUAAGUACUUCCAGGGUUGGUAUAAAUGUUAAUGUUACAAGAAAAUCUAGACAUUCAGUGUAGUGUAGUACAUUGGCAGAAAAGACUAGGACGCCUGGGUGAAGGAAAUCAACUUCUUGAAGAUGUUAUCACAUCGCUAGCCUUAGCCAGCGCUGUUCUAACACAUGGCUUAUUCGCGUUCUUAGCUGCAUAGUGGAUGGACGUUUUCAGUUUUGCAUUAUUAGACAAUAACGAUACUUUUGGCUCGUUUGUCUCAGCGGCAGCGGUCGGCAAUAACUCAAUCAAGAGGAAGACAGGGCCUUUUGUUCGAAGUUAUUGGGUGUAAAGGGAGCCACAACUCAGCUAGGCAAUACGGAGUAAAUUAUUAAAUCGAUCUAAAUAACUAAUAGUUUUAUUAAUAUAUAGCCUAAGUAACCACCUCUAAACACAAGAGAAGCUACGUAAAGAUACUUUGAAAUUAAAGUUUUGUCUUGUGUGUAUAUAUAUAUAUCUAUCUAUCUAUAUAUAUAUAUAUAUAUAUAUAUAUAUAUAUAUAUAUAUAUAUACACACACACACACACAUAUAUAUUCCAUAAGACUAUUUAAAGGAGACCACCGCAUUGUCAGCUUGUAUUAUGUAGCUGUGUGUUUGAGGGCCCAGCGGUAAGCCUCUCAGCUGUGUUUUGGUUGCUGGUUGCCUCCCCUCCCCCAGUCUCGAGACUCUUGUUGGACACUGUUUGCAGAGUUUUCUCUUGAUUUUACAUUAAAGAAAGGCUGUGGCCUCAAGUCGCAGUCCUCUGGACUCAAAAGCAUUUUAAAGUGGAUGUAAUGGAACUGAUGUUCGCCGAGUGGGAGGAUGGGGAAAGGUUCUCCUUCGAAGACUCGGACCGGUUCGAGGAAGACUCUCUGUGCUCCUUCAUCUCAGAGGCCGAGAGCCUCUGUCAGAAUUGGAGGGGAUGGAGGAAGCAGUCUGCUGGACCCAUCCCAACUGUCAAGAUUAAAGAUGGUCAGGUGAUUCCACUGGUGGAGUUGUCAGCAAAACAGGUAGCAUUCCACAUCCCUUUUGAGGUGGUGGAAAAGGUCUACCCCCCUGUCCCAGAACAGCUCCAGCUGCGCAUUGCUUACUGGAGCUUCCCAGAGAAUGAGGAGGACAUCAGGUUGUAUUCCUGCUUAGCUAAUGGGAGUCCCGAUGAAUUCCAACGUGGAGAACAGCUCUACAGGAUCAGGGCGGUCAAAGACCCCCUGCAGAUUGGCUUCCAUCUCAGUGCUACAGUGGUUUCCAGUCAAGCUGGUCAGUCUAAAGGGGCCUACAAUGUGGCGGUCAUGUUUGACCGCUGCCGCAUUACUUCCUGCAGCUGCACCUGUGGUGCUGGUGCCAAAUGGUGUGCCCAUGUGGUGGCGCUCUGCCUCUUCAGGAUCCACAAUGCAUCAGCAGUAUGUUUGAGAGCUCCAGUUUCUGAGUCUUUGUCCAGGCUACAGAGGGACCAGCUUCAAAAGUUUGCUCAGUACCUCAUCAGUGAGCUGCCUCAGCAGAUCCUACCCACAGCUCAACGGCUGCUGGAUGAGCUGCUGUCCUCUCAGUCUACUGCCAUCAACACUGUGUGUGGAGCUCCAGACCCGACAGCAGGCCCUUCAGCGUCUGAUCAGAGCACCUGGUAUUUGGAUGAGUCGACCCUCAGCGACAACAUCAAAAAGACUUUGCACAAGUUCUGUGGGCCCUCGCCUGUUGUCUUCAGUGACGUAAACUCCAUGUACCUUUCGUCCACGGAGCCGCCAGCUGCUGCUGAAUGGGCAUGCCUACUAAGACCUCUAAGGGGCCGAGAGCCAGAAGGAAUCUGGAACCUUCUGUCCAUCGUCAGGGAGAUGCUUAAGAGACGAGACAGCAAUGCAGCCCCACUGCUUGAGAUUCUCACUGAGCAGUGCCUCACCUAUGAACAAAUCAUCAGCUGGUGGUAUAGUGUUCGGACCUCAGCAUCCCACAGCAGUGCCAGUGGCCACACUGGGCGCAGCAACGGCCAGUCAGAAGUGGCAGCUCAUGCCUGUGCCAGCAUGUGUGAUGAGAUGGUGGUGCUAUGGAGGCUGGCGGUGCUCGACCCCACGAUGAGCCCCUGCAGGCGUCUAGAAUUGGCAGGCCAGCUCAAGCAAUGGCACCUGAAAGUUAUAGAGAUAGUGAAGCGGGGACAACAUCGCAAGUCCCUGGAUAAACUGUUCCAGGGCUUCAAGCCUGCUGUGGAGUCCUGCUAUUUUAACUGGGAAGUGGCCUACCCACUGGAUGGCAUCACUUACUGCAGCGCUGAUAAGAAGAGUGCCACAGUCUGUUGGUCCAGGGCAGUGCAGCACCAGAGAGGAGUCAAAGCUGUUGCAGGACUGGGGGGAGAACCUCUUGAACCAGGGGGGGGGGGCAGAGCUGAAUGCGGAGCUGGGGGAGAUUAUAAAGGAAGAGGAAGUGGUCAUCCACAGGAGGUAGCAGUGCGACCCAAGGAGACCAUACUGACCAAGAGGAAGGGUCUGUCAGUGAGUGGAGGGGGAGGGAUGCUGGUUCGUCUGGGAGGGAGUGUCUCUUUGGCCCUGGAAGAUGGAGGAGGGAAGUGCAUGUAUAAAGGGCCAGGCUCCUCCUCUGGAGGAAAGCUGAAACUAACACAAGGAGUUGGGAAGGGGGCAUCUCUGGGAGGUCCUGGAGGAAGUGGAGGGUUAGGAGGGGGUAAGCAUGCUAGUGCCAAGCGGAGGACCAGCAGUGAGGACAGCUCCCUAGAGCCGGAUCUGGCUGAGCUCAGCUUGGACGAUGGUUGUAGUCUGGCUCUGGGGGCUGAGGCUAGCAACACUUUUGAAUUUCUCCCUCCGCCACCAGAGAUGCUGCCCUCCCCAAGCCCACUGCUCCGAGACUCACGCAAGUACAGCAACAGCAGCGGAGGGAGCAAGAUGUUUGAAACAAAGCGUGUCAGCCAUGCCUCAGCUGUUCUGCCCGCUGCAGAGUCUGCUCCACCUUGCUUCCCUUCCAAAGAGACAGUGUUAGUUGUUAUGGACAUGCCCUGUGCUGCAGAGAAGGAAGCAGAGCUGGAAGUGGAGCCUGUUCAUAACAAAGAUGAAGAUGUAGACUCAGCUGGCAGUAACCAGCCUUCCACCUCAACUGCCAUAGCAAGAUCAGGUAACACUCAAACAUCUGCCAAGUCACCACGGGGCUGCAGAGAGGGGACGUCUGCUGGAGCAGCAGCAGGGAGUGGGGCAGAAGCUGCAGGUGGACUAGCUAACCAAGGAGCUGAGGCAGCAGGCGGAGCUGCAGGAGGAGAAACUGUUGGUGAAGAUGACUAUCAGGCAUACUAUCUGAGUGCUGCCUCAGAGGAGGGAGCAGACAGACAGCUGACAGACAGCCACCAGGAGGAGGAGCCAGACAUCUUUGCAGGGAUGAAACCGCUGGAGCAGGAGGGACGCAUGGAGGUGCUGUUUGCGUGUGCGGAGGCCCUACAUGCUCAUGGCUAUAGUAAUGAGGCAUGUCGGCUGGCUGUGGAGCUGGCUAGAGAUCUGUUAGCCAACCCUCCAGACUUGAAAGUAGAGCAGCCACAGACAAAGGGUAAGAAGAGCAAGGUGUCAACGAGCCGUCAGACGCAGGUAGCUACCAACACACUGUCAAAAGCCGCCUUCCUCCUUACUGUUCUAAGUGAACGACUGGAGCUCCACAACCUGGCCUUCAGCACCGGCAUGUUCUCCCUGGAACUCCAAAGACCACCAGCAUCUACCAAAGCUCUGGAGGUGAAGCUGGCCUACCAGGAGUCGGAAGUGGUAGCUCUGUUGAAGAAGAUUCCUCUGGGCCUGGUGGAGAUGUCGGCCAUCAGAGAGAGAGGCGAGCAGCUUAGAGAUGGAAACUUCUGUGAUUAUAGACCUGUGCUGCCUCUUAUGUUGGCCAGCUUCAUAUUUGAUGUACUGUGUACCCCAGUUGUGUCCCCAACAGGCUCCCGUCCACCAAGCCGCAACCGUAACAACGAGAUGCCUGGUGAUGAAGAGCUAGGCUUUGAAGCUGCUGUUGCUGCACUUGGUAUGAAGACCACAGUAAGUGAGGCGGAGCAUCCUCUGCUGUGUGAAGGAACUAGACGAGUGAAAGGUGAUCUGGCUCUGGCUCUCAUGAUCACCUAUAAGGAUGACCAGAGCAAGCUAAAGAAGAUACUUGAUAAAUUGUUGGACAGGGAAAGUCAGACCCACAAGCCCCAAACUCUAAGCUCCUUCUACUCCAGCAAGCCAGCUGCUAGCAGCCAGCGCAGCCCGUCCAAACACACUGCCGCCAGUCAGAGUGGGGUGAGCGGGGCUGCUGGGGGUGUCUCCAAACACACACCCUCAUCUUCAUCUGCAACCACUUUGCCAGCCUCUUCUUCUAGCUCAUCCUCUGCUGCGGCAGUGGCUGGUGAUGAGGUGGCACAACAGGCUGAUCUUAACCGAAUACAGAACAGUUCAGCAGGAGAGAGCACUGCUGAGAACAGGGAGCAUGUGUCAGAUGGUCCUUCGUUAUCAAAUAACCAGCAGAAUGAAACUGCUCCAUUUAAGCUCGAGGCCACAGUGCCCAGUCGUCUGGCACUGGGGGCACGCUGUGGAUACAGCCAGCGCUGCUGGGGCUCACCUGUCCGGCAGAAGAAGAAACACACUGGCAUGGCAAGUAUUGACAGCAGUGCCCCAGAGACAACCUCAGACAGUUCCCCCACACUCAGCCGGCGGCCGCUCCGGGGCGGCUGGGCAGCAACAUCUUGGGGGCGGGGCCAGGACAGUGACAGCAUCAGCAGUUCAUCCUCUGAUUCACUCGGCUCCUCCUCCUCCAGCGGCUCUCGCAGGGCGGGGGGCGGGGCCAGGGCUAAGAACACCGACACCAGCAGGUACAAAGGGCGACGUCCAGAGUGCCAUGCCCCUCAUGUACCCAACCAGCCAUCAGAGGCAGCAGCCCAUUUUUACUUUGAGCUGGCCAAAACGGUGCUGAUCAAAGCUGGAGGAAACUCCUCCACCUCCAUUUUCACCCAGCCGUCAGCCAGCGGGGGCCACCAGGGGCCCCACAGAAACCUGCACCUCUGUGCCUUUGAGAUUGGCCUCUAUGCUCUUGGCCUACACAACUUUGUCUCACCCAACUGGCUGUCCAGGACCUACUCCUCACAUGUGUCCUGGAUCACUGGCCAGGCCAUGGAGAUCGGCAGUGCUGCCCUCAACAUUUUGGUAGAGUGCUGGGACGGUCACCUCACCCCUCCAGAGGUGGCAUCCCUUGCUGACCGAGCAUCGCGGGCCAGAGACCCCAACAUGGUGCGGGCGGCAGCAGAGCUGGCCCUGAGCUGUCUGCCUCACGCUCAUGCCCUCAAUCCUAAUGAAAUCCAGAGAGCCCUGGUGCAGUGCAAAGAGCAGGAUAAUGUGAUGUUGGAGAAGGCCUGCAUGGCAGUUGAGGAAGCAGCCAAGGGUGGAGGUGUUUACCCUGAGGUUCUAUUUGAGGUGGCUCACCAGUGGUACUGGCUGUAUGAGCAGUCAGUGGGUGGGGGCACAGGCCAACAGCGGGAGAGCUCUGGGCGCUGUGGGGCCAACGGGGGCUCGGGCAGGAGGGCACCGGAGUCUAGCUGUGUUGUCCUUGACACCGGCGCCAAUAUGGAGUCUACUGGGGUGGCAACAGUCACAGCCUCAGUCACUGCAGCAGCUGUUGUACCUGUCAUCUCUGUGGGCUCCACCAUCUACCAGUCCCAUGCCAUGCCCGGGCAGGCCAUGACUCACCCCCACAGCCAGGGCCUCCACCCCUACACCACCAUCCAGGCCCAUCUCCCCACCGUCUGCACCCCCCAGUACCUGGGACACCCUCUGCAGCAUGUCCCCAGACCCACUGUCUUCCCUGUAGCUGGGGCUGCAUAUGCACAGGGAAUGCACCCAGCCUUCAUUGGUGCACAGUACCCAUUCUCUGUUGCCACUGGCCCCCAGCCACCUAUUGCAGCCACAGCUGUGACAUUCCCUGGUGUCCCCGUCCCAUCCAUGACUCAGAUUGCCGUCCAUCCCUACCACGCUGAUACUGGCCUACCUCUCAGCACUACUGUAGCAGUAGGCAGUGUCCACUCCGGCCCAACCAUCCAGGCCAUACAGGGAGCAUCCCUUCCCUCCCUUUCCGCCCAGCCAGGCUCAUUGGCCAGCACUCCUUUCCCAGCAGAGGAUGAGCAGCACAACCAGCCAAUCAGCCAGCAGGGCCUGCAUUACCUGCAUUCUGCCUACAGAGUUGGCAUGCUGGCAUUAGAGAUGCUGGGCAGAAGGGCUCACAAUGACCACCCAAACAACUUCUCCAGGAGCCCACCUUACACCGAGGAUGUCAAAUGGCUGCUGGGACUGGCUGCGAGGCUAGGAGUCAACUAUGUGUACCAGUUCUGUGUUGGAGCAGCAAAAGGUGUCCUCAGUCCGUUCGUCCUUCAGGAGAUCAUCAUGGAGGCUCUGCAGAGGCUGAACCCUGCCCACAUCCACGCCCACCUCCGAACACCUGCUUUCCACCAGCUAGUCCAGCGUUGCCAACAGGCCUACCUGCAGUAUAUCCACCACCGGCUCAUCCACCUGACGCCUGCUGACUAUGAUGACUUUGUCAACAUUAUUCGCAGUGCUCGAGGUGCUUUCUGCCUGACGCCGGUGGGUAUGAUGCAAUUUAACGACGUGCUGCAGAACCUGAAGAGAGGCAAGCAGACCAAGGAGCUAUGGCAGCGCAUCUCCCUGGAGAUGGCGACCUUCUCCCCCUGAGCAGCACGCUCAUGGGGGAGACUGUAUUGGGCCUGGAUUGAGUCCCAUCCAGCAACCACUCAGCCUCCAACAUUACUACUGCCAUUGCACUGAGUGGGCUGUGCUCAAGCUGUCAGGUUCUGUCUGGGACCCUGCUCUGUGCUAUGUGGACUCAAACAAACACAGCACACAGGCAGUACAGUCAGCUCUCGUACCCCCAACUCCCACAGACUUUCUUUUUUAUCUGUGUCUGUCCACCAUGGUUCAUGUUUGUGUAACUGUGGAGUUCAAAUGUCCUUCCUUUCUUCAUCUAACUCGCCUCUUCCAUUUACCUUCAACAAAAGACAUUGAGUGGGAUCUCUCAAUCACCAUCCUCACUUCAUUUCCAGUAUUUUGUAGUUUUUUUAGUUUUGUUCUAAUGAAACCACUGAGUGCAAGUGUGAAUUUUCAUGCUGCAACAUUCCUGUCCAGAGUGGUAGUUGCUGUGAGACCUCUAUCACCAAAAGCUUAUCACUAUGGAUCUGAAUCUUUGCAGUGUGAAAGAAAAGGAAGUUUUGCAAGGAAAAAAAGGGUUUAAUAUGAGAAAUUAUAUUGUGAGUACGGGUGAGGAUUUUUCAGUAUUUUGUUUAAUAUUUUUUGAUACUCUGUAUAGAAUAUUACAUGUAUGCAGAAAGGAACAGAAAUAGAAUGAGAGAAUGUGCUGUUGUUGUGUGGGAUCCGCAUUUACAUUUCAGCCUGCCCGGGGAUUGACGUGAAAACAGCUCCAGACCAAACCAGAGGCCAGUUAACCACAGCCAGGGCCAAACAGGGCCAUCCAGGAUCACUCUCCUGUACAUACUUGGGCACAGAAUGUGUGCAGGGUGUGUAUAUAUAUAUAUAUA